AUGGAUGCCAUGUUGGAACUUAAUAUUUCUGUAUUAACAACCAUAGCUGAGGAAUUAACUGAAGAAAAUCAGAAAUUAAUUAAAGAAAAUCAGAAAUUAACUAAAAAAAAUCAGAAAUUAACUACAUAUGGCGUAGAACUAUAUUGA